GAUCGCGGCGUAACGUAAGUGUCAUUCAUUCGCGCGCGCGCGAGCGAGAGAGGGUCGAGGUUUCGGGACUAGGGUUCUGCGAAUAUCCUCGAGAUCUCUUCUGCUGGAAAUGGAGGGACUAACGGAGAUUGGUAGCUCCAAGAUGUUUGGAGGUUACAACAGGAGGUACCGACAUUUCAGCCCAACCCUCGGCUGCUCUAUGACCUUUUAUAUCUACUUCCCUCCCUCUGCGGACUCUCAGAAGCUCCCCGUGCUCUACUGGUUGUCUGGACUCACAUGCUCGGAUGAGAACUUUAUCAUCAAGUCCGGGGCUCAACGUGCAGCUUCUAUCGAGGGUGUUGCAUUAAUUGCACCAGAUACAUCGCCAAGAGGUCUGAAUGUGGAAGGAGAAGCAGACAGUUGGGACUUUGGUGUGGGUGCUGGAUUUUAUCUGAAUGCUACACAAGAGAAAUGGAAAAACUGGCAAAUGUAUGACUAUGUUGUCAACGAACUGCCUAAGCUUUUGAGCGAUAAUUUUCAACAGCUUGAUACUUCACGAGCCUCCAUUUUUGGGCACUCAAUGGGAGGCCAUGGUGCUUUGACUAUCUACCUAAAAAAUCCUUCAAGUUAUAAGUCAGUUUCAGCAUUUGCACCAAUUGCUAAUCCCAUAGAUUGUCCCUGGGGUCAGAAGGCUUUCUCAAAUUACUUAGGCAGUGACAAAUCUCUCUGGGAGGAGUAUGAUGCAACUUCCCUGGUUAAGAAAUGUAACAAGUUUUCAACACCUAUCCUAAUUGAUCAGGGUGACGAAGACAAGUUUUUGCAUGAACAGUUGCUGCCUCACAGGUUUGAGGAAGCUUGCAGGAGUGUGGGUGCCCCAUUCAUGUUGAGGAUGCAGCCUGGGUACGAUCACUCCUACUUCUUCAUCGCUACCUUUAUUGAGGAUCAUAUCCGCCACCAUGCUAAAGCCCUCAAAAGUGGCGAUUAAUCCGUGUUACUUGUUAAUGAUGCCCAUGCUUGACUAUGGAAGCCUUCGUCCUGAUUUACGGUGUACUUGAGAUGGGUUUGUACCACAACAGACUACUCACGGUUGUGUUUACUGUACAAGUUGCGUGGAGGAGAUGGCUGUCAUGUUGCUUGGAUCCACUGGUUUAGUGAACGAUCUUGUCCAUUCUCCCUCUUUCCCUCUCUGUGAACACCCAAAGGGCCUAUAUCAACGAGGCUGGACUCCAUUGCAUUGUGCAUCAAAAGUGGCGCGAAAUUCAUAUUAGGUUGAUGCCCUGGCCGCUGAUACUUUC